AUGAUCAGCAUGAACCAACCAAUCAAAUUACAAUAUCUAAGGGCUUUUCAGGAGAGACAUAAUUUCUAUCAUUUUAGGCUGCAUGGUGAGAGCGGAUCUGCAGAUGUUGAUGCUAUCGAGUUAAAUCUUCCUACUAUUAUUCGUACAACUGAUAAAUAUGACCUGCAUGAUAUUUAUAAUAUGGAUAAGACAG